CUAAAUCUUUAAAAAUAAAAAUGUGGUGGGGAAGUGGUUAUUACGGUGAUGGUUAUGGCUAUGGAUAUUAUGGAUCCCAGAUUGUUCUGGUCAUUGUUGUUUUAAUCGUUGGGUGUUUAUUUCUUUGUUGCAUGCUUGGUGUUUUUUGGUAUCUUUAUUCGCAGAAAAGGAAUGAAAGGACAGAAUCUUCAAACGUUCAAUAUUAUCCUUAUUAUGUUCCCCCAGCUACAAGAAUUGGAAAGGAUGGAGAAUUGGGAACACAAUUUAGAUAA